AAGGAGUCUGGAAAAGGACUUCGGGGGUCUACAUUCGUUGAGAGGGGCAUGGCGAGAGAAAGUUAUGGGUGACAAGCGAAGUGGAUCAGAGAUUCCCGCGGAGGGGCGGUUUCUGAGACUGGAGGAGUUUGGGACCAGGGGGACCCUGUUGUAGAGGGAUUGGAGAGACUACCUCUCUGCCUGCUGGGGACCCCAAAGGUUUGGGCGCCAGCCGUCUCGAGUGCCAGCUAGCCCUUCCUUCCGCUUCUUGGGGCAGUUUGGCCCCGCCCCAGGCUCCUCCCGGCCUUCUGGAUGGCGUGGGGGUGGGAAUUGGAGCUGAGCAAGGGGGGAGGAGGGGCGGCAGGCGUCGUCGGGAAACCCUGUCCUCCUCUAGCCCGCAGCCCUUCACCUGUCUCACCCCUUCCCUUCCCCAGUCACCACCCCACCCCCCAAAGCAUUUGUGCCCCCAGCCUCUCAGCACAGCCUCUGCAUUUCCUCGGAGGCCUGAGGGCGGCAGUUGUAGCUUCGGUUCGCGUGGGAGUGGGGAGUGUGAAUUACACCACAACAUGCCAGAAUUUAGCAUACUUGCUGGUGCUUGAGAGCCUUGGGUAAAAUACGGGUGAGGCGGAGGGGGAAACCAAACUGUUAGUUACGUUGAGGGAUCGUGGCAGAUGGUUGAAGCUUAUCCUCAGCCCCAUCUUUUCCGGGUCCUGCCUUUUACAGCCGUGAUCCAUCCUGGAGUCAUGGCAGUGCCCUUUGUGGAAGACUGGGACUUGGUGCAAACCCUGGGAGAAGGUGCCUAUGGAGAAGUUCAACUUGCUGUGAAUAGAAGAACUGAAGAAGCAGUUGCAGUCAAGAUUGUAGACAUGAAACGUGCCAUAGACUGUCCAGAAAAUAUUAAGAAGGAGAUCUGUAUCAAUAAAAUGUUAAAUCAUGAGAAUGUAGUGAAAUUCUAUGGCCACAGGAGAGAAGGCAAUAUCCAGUAUCUAUUUCUGGAGUACUGUAGUGGAGGAGAACUUUUUGACAGAAUAGAGCCAGACAUAGGCAUGCCUGAACAAGAUGCUCAAAGGUUCUUCCAUCAACUCAUGGCAGGGGUGGUUUAUCUACAUGGUAUUGGUAUAACUCACAGGGAUAUUAAGCCAGAAAAUCUCCUAUUGGAUGAAAGGGAUAACCUCAAGAUCUCUGACUUUGGCUUGGCAACAGUGUUUCGGCAUAAUAAUCGUGAGCGUUUAUUGAACAAGAUGUGUGGCACUUUACCUUAUGUUGCUCCAGAACUUCUAAAGAGAAAAGAAUUUCAUGCAGAACCAGUUGAUGUUUGGUCCUGUGGAAUAGUACUUACAGCAAUGUUGGCUGGAGAAUUGCCAUGGGACCAGCCCAGUGACAGUUGUCAGGAAUAUUCUGAUUGGAAAGAAAAAAAAACAUACCUCAACCCUUGGAAAAAAAUUGAUUCUGCUCCUCUAGCUUUGCUGCAUAAAAUCCUAGUUGAGAAUCCAUCAGUAAGGAUUACCAUUCCAGACAUCAAAAAAGAUAGAUGGUACAACAAACCUCUCAAGAAAGGGGCAAAGAGGCCCCGAGUCACUUCAGGUGGUAUAUCAGAGUCUCCUAGUGGAUUUUCUAAGCACAUUCAAUCCAAUUUGGACUUCUCUCCAGUGAACAGUGCUUCUAGUGAAGAAAAUGUGAAGUACUCCAGUUCCCAACCAGAACCACGGACAGGUCUUUCCUUAUGGGACACCAGUCCUUCAUAUAUUGAUAAACUGGUACAAGGGAUCAGUUUUUCCCAGCCCACAUGUCCUGAUCAUAUGCUCCUGAAUAGUCAGUUACUUGGCACCCCAGGAUCCUCACAGAACCCUUGGCAGCGCUUGGUUAAAAGAAUGACACGGUUUUUUACCAAAUUGGAUGCAGACAAAUCUUACCAAUGCCUGAAAGAGACUUGUGAGAAAUUGGGCUAUCAAUGGAAAAAGAGCUGUAUGAAUCAGGUUACUGUAUCAACAACUGAUAGGAGAAACAAUAAACUGAUUUUCAAAGUGAAUUUGGUAGAAAUGGAUGAGAAGAUCUUGGUUGACUUUCGGCUAUCUAAGGGUGACGGAUUGGAAUUCAAGAGACACUUCCUGAAGAUUAAAGGGAAACUGAGUGAUGUUGUGAGUAGCCAGAAGGUUUGGCUUCCUGCCACAUGAGAGAUCCAUUGGAUUCCUGGUGAAUAUAGUGCUGCUAUGUUGACAUUAUUCUUCCUAGAGAAGAUUAUCCUAUUCUGCAAACUGCAAACAUUAGUCCCUGAAGAGUUGUCUUCCCUCUAGCCAAACAUUUUCCAAUUCUUUUUGUAUGUCCUGCAUACAAACAAUACCUGUAUCUUCACUGUAACUAAAGAUUUGGGGAACGAAUGGAUAGAAUUCAUUAGAUAUUUCUUCAUCUUGUGUUUAGUGUCUACAUGUGAUGGAAACCAUACUUUGGGAAUACAUGAGCUUACCAGCUUUUAUACCAAUGUAAUGAAAGAUGAUAUUCUUGCCGCAUUGUUAACAAAACAUUUGGUUUCAUCCAAAAAGUACAUGUUUCCUUCAUGUUGAUUUAGUUAUAUGGAUGGAUUAGUAAUAAAAGCAAUCCCUGUAACUUUUGGACAGUAGAUUUAUCAGCCUAUAAAGUGAAGCCAACUUCAAAAAAUGUAUCCUCAAGAUUUGUACUUCUAUUUUCACAAGGGCAUGACCAAGUAUAUAAAUCUGUUUUUGAAUUAUAACUGUUAAUUAAAAUUGCAAGUAGGUAUGUUUUUUUCCAGUGUGGUUAAUUAAUAUAAUACUGGUUGGUCUUUCAAGUAGAAGUUGAGCAUAAACUCUAAUGCUUAACUACCUUUACUCUAAAAUUACUAUUGCACAUUUUAAAUAUUUUUCUAUAUUAUUUUCUACUUUC